AUGCAUACAACAUUGUACUACUGCUUCACCAUCACCAUUUUUUUGCUCCUUACUAUCUCAAGAAUUGCAGAUGCUGCAACAAGGAAAACCAAGUACCUAAGCCAGGCCAACCAAUUUGUGGAUCCUCAAAAUGCUGCUCGGUCAGCCAGCAGAAUCCCACCAUUGGCGUGGGAUGCAAAGUUGGCAAGGUAUGCACAAUGGUACGCAAGCCAAAGGCGGUUCGACUGCACGUUAAGGCACUCGAACGGGCCCUACGGGGAGAACAUUUUCUGGGGGAGUGGCAUCGAGUGGACGCCGGCUCAGGCAGUGACCGCUUGGGUUUCAGAGCGGAAGUCUUACAAUUACUGGGCAAAUUCUUGUGCUACAAGGCAGCAAUGUGGGCAUUAUACACAGAUUGUGUGGAAGUCAACAAGCAAAGUUGGCUGUGCUAGAGUCAAUUGUUUUGGUGGUAGAGGUAUCUUCAUGGUUUGCAACUAUGACCCUCCUGGGAAUUACAUUGGAGAAAGGCCUUACUAA